GGCCGAGCCCCGGGCCGGGCCCUCGCCAUGGCCGAGCGGCGCGGGGGCCUGAGGGCCCGCCUGACUCGCCUCCUGGCCGGACUAGGGGUCCGCAGGGGGCGCAGGGGGCAGAUGACCUCGCAGGAGGCCAGAUCCCGGGAUAGGCCCUGGGGUGGCCAGAGCUGCCCUGACCUGGCGCAAGGCUGGGGCAGCACCAGCGAUGUCAGCCUCAAGGCUCAAGCCCAGAGCCACUCAGAGUGGGACCUUCAGGCAGGGAGCCCUGGUGAUUUCUGGCUUUGGAAGCAGCGACACAUCUCAGAGCGGGUGACUGAGCCCCUGGGGCGCCUCGCACGGCCAGCUGUUGGCAGCGCCUCUGACCUGGCCAGCUGGACCUCCCUGGAGCCGGAGGGUCUGGCAUUGGCAGUGGCAUCGGCAGAGCCCCCCGAUGCCAGGGACCCCUCUCACCCGGGACCUGCUCCUGGACAUUCGGAACAAGGAUCCCCAGGCUGCACCUGCCUGCACCCCCUGCACACAGCUGCAGAGGCCCCUCUGGUGGAGCCGGCCGGCAACCUGCAAGGCGCACCCCUGCUGCCCCGCCCAGCAUCCUUCCCCAGGUCAGUGGGGGCAAAGGGCGAUCCCAGCACCACGGGACCAACCCUGCCAGAGCCGGCCCAGACCCUGUGCGCCGGUGCCUCGGCCAGGAGGACCCGCUACCACAUCACUGUCACCCUGCAGGGGCGUGGGCAGGCUCCUGGGGCGGAGGGCGAGGAACCGGCCCGACCAGCUCCCCGCCCCUGCGGCCCUGAGGAAUCCAGGGGCUGGCAGGAGCCUCCCCAGGGGCCCCGCCCCAUCACGGGGUGCCCGAGAGACCCGCCCUGGCAGCCGGGGCUGAGAGCCGGCCCGCAUCAGGGGAACACGGCCCAGUGGCAGGAGCUCCAGGCCGGCCGAACACCUGGGUCCCCACACGGACGGGAGCUGGACGGCAGUGGGGCAAGGACGCCUCAGGACAGGGGGCCGGGGCCCAACAUGGAGGAGGCAGGGGGGUCCCCGGCCCGGGCCGAGACCCAAGUGGUCAAUGCCACGCUGACGUGGUGGCAGCGGCCCCCUGCCCCGGAAGAGGUCAGACACCGUUUCCACAAGGUGUCCCUGGUGUCAGGGGCCGGGAAGGAAGCCUCCCCGGAGGAGAUGUUUGAGUGCAGCCUCCGUCGAGAGGAAGUGAAUGGCUUUGCUACGCGGGAAGAAGAGAGCGUGACCGAGCAAGGCCCUCGGGAGGCAGCCGGCCCCAGGAACUUCCAAAGCCACGGGCCCAUCUUUUCCAGGCAGUAUGUACCACCCCCCAAGGAGAAAAGGCCGGUGGGGCGGCCCAAGGAGGCUGUGGACCAGAGCGAUGGCCGCCUCCCGGCUCCCAGAACUGAGCCACCGGGCAUGGGGGCCACAGCCAGGACUGAGUUCUUGGUGCCCCUCCCUGGGCCCCGGGAGCCAAGUCCCCACCCAGCUGUGGGGCUCCGGAACCUGCGGGUGACACGCACAGUACGGACCACCACCAUGGUGGGAGGGCACGUGGACCGCCGGGUGAGCAGCUCUGUGACCGUGGGGCCGGUGCUGUCCAGCGAGGCUCUGCCAAGAGGCCGCAACGUGGCCCGUGCGAUCCGGGCGGUGGUGGUGAGCCCUGCGGCAGACGGCGGCCCCAGCCGCAGCCAGGCCCUGGAGCUGCUCAGUAGCCUGGUGCCUGCAGAGCGCAGUCCACCUGCCAGUCGCCUCCCCAGACCCACAGCCAUGGUGCCAAGGAGUCCGGGCCUGGGUGGCAUAGGGAGGGCAGCCCUGGGACAGCUGCCUGAGACCAGGGCGGCCGAGCCACAGGACAACUCUGCCCUGGCCUCUGCAGGCAGCCCAGCGGCUGCUCCCGCAUCUCAGAGCCAGGAUGUGCCUGCAGCCCUCCCAGGGCAAGAGCAGGCCAGAGCCCAGGAUUCCAAGGCCUGUGAGCUCCCCAGGGGGCAGGAAGCCUCCAGCCCCACUCAGCUCCCUGUGCAGACUUCUCCUGGCCACGCCCCAGUCCCCUCCUCUUCUGGGCUCCAGACGCAAAGUCCCUCCUUGGGCCUGGUCCACCCUCCAGAGCAGCCUGUGGUGCCCACUCCCCCCGGGGCCCAGCCCCCUCCCCACGCUCUGCCCCCUGCCAAAAAGGAAGGGUUCAGCGAUGCCCUCAUGGCCACCGUCCCACCCACAGUGAAGAGCGAGGUUGUCAUUGUUCCUGGACCACCUCUUGCCCCAUCCUCGGCAGGAAGUAAGGCUGGGCCCAGCCCAGGACAUCUUUCUCCUCCAUCGUCCCCGCGGGGUGAGUUUGGUCAGGACGCCACACAGGUCCCUAUCUCCUCCCUCGCUCGAAAGGAGCAGGCAGCUCGGGGCCCUGGGGCUCCUCUUGGCCCACCGCCCAACCAGGAAGAGGUAGUGGAGGAUGCUCCUGGCACCCCACCCCCCAAGCCAAGCAAGGUUGUCGGGGACCCAGAAGGCAGCUCCAGCCCACAAACGGAGGGGGUGCAGGGUGUUGCAGACAGCCUCGCCCCCUCCCUCACCAAAGAAGGGACCACUGUAGAGGGCUCAGCUGCCCCGGCCCCCCCUCCCCCGCAACAAGAUAAGCCUUGCCUGGGCUCUGAAGGGAGCCCCCUCGUGUCUCCCACCCAAAAAGAGGUUGCUCAGGACUCUGGUGCUUCUGCUAUCCCAUUUCCCACCGAGACAGAGGUUGUCCAGGACCCUGCCGGUCCCCUUGCCCCAUCCUCCUCAGCGGACCAGGUAGCCCCCGGCCCAGGAAGUACCCCCAGUCCAAUGCCAGCGGUAGCAGAGGCUAGCGUGGAGUCCCAGUUUGUCCCCGACUCCACCGAGGGCAAGACGCUCCCAGAGCCAUCAAGGGAGGAGGAUGAGUUGGCCUUGGCCGCAGACCUGGAGAUUUUCCUGGACACCCUGCGGAGCAUGGAGCCCCCCGAGAUCCUCCGCACUCACCGGCUGCCACGAGCCCCCCGCGCCUCCUACCUGGCCAUGUAUGCCACACUCCCUGCCAUCGAGGAGGACCAGCCUGGGCCCUGGGUGCUGGGUCCCAGCCCCCAGGAGGUGCCUGGCCUGGAAGAGAAGGAGCAGGAGAAGGAAGUGGGAAAGGAGGAGGUAGAGGAGGAGGAGGAACCAGAGAACCCCUACCUGAGUGACGACGAGAAGCUCCAGCGCAGGCAGGAGAAAGCCAAGCCCGGCCCCUCCUGGGACCCGCGCCCUGCCAGGCCCAGCCAGGGCUCUUGCUCGCCGCUGGAGAUGAUGAAGAAGCACGUAGCAGGUGCCAAGGGCCCCCAGCCGGAGCUGGGGCCGGACGCUCAGGCCGGCAGCAGGCGCACUUCCCGGCUCGGAGGCAGCCUUAUCUUUGGCAGUCUGGUGCCUGCCACCAAGGAGACCCCGAAGCUGGAACCACUGGGCACAAAGCUAUCCGCUCUGCCACCCCAUGGGGCGCCAGGCGUCAGAAAGGUGCCGGGGCAGCUGCCUCUGCUGUGCAGUGAGAGCCCCUCGGCAGGGAAGACCACACGUGCCCGGCAGCCGGAGGGGUGGAGCCCAGCACUGAAGAGCCAGGGCAAGCUGAACACCCGGCCUGGGAAGGUCAUCCUCUUCUCUGAGCCCGGCUGCCAGGGCAACCGCAGGGAGGUCUGGGAAGACGUGGCGGAUGCUUCGGGCUGGGCCCCCGUGGCCUCCAUAAGGGUAGUGCGAGGCUGCUGGGUGCUGUACGAAGAGCCAGAGUUCCGGGGCCGGAAGCUGGUCCUGCCUGAAGGUGAUGUGGAGCUCAGGGCCCCGGAGCCAGCCUGGAGCACCCAUGGCAUUGGCUCCCUAAGGAGGGUUGUCCGGGAUUACCGCACCCCAGAGAUCAGCCUCUUCCCCGAGGAGGGCUUCAAGGGGGAAAGCAUGAAGUUGGUGGAGGCCUUGAAGGACCCCCAGGACCUGGAGAAGCCCCUGCAGGUGGCAUCUGCCAUUGUCUCUGCCGGACUGUGGCUGCUGUACCCCAAACCAUUCUUUGAAGAUACCCCCUACAUCCUGGAGCCUGGCGAGUACCCCACCGUGGAGGCCUGGGGUGCAUCGGACCCCAGUGUGGGCUCCCUGAAGCCCGUGAGAUUGGGCUGCCCAAGCGUGGAGAAGCCAGGAGAACCAAGGGCUGUGGUGUACGAGGCUCCGGGUUUUCAGGGCCGGAGCUGGGAAGUGAGCAGAGAUAUCUACGACCUCCAGCAGCCAGAGGACAGCCAGAGCCCCCAGCUGGCCUCUGUGGGGUCCCUGCGCAUUCUUGGAGGCUGCUGGGUGGGCUAUGAGAAAGAGGGCUUCCGGGGACACCAGUACCUGCUGGAGGAGGGGGAAUACGCAGACUGGUCACACUGGGGAGGCUAUGACGAGCUGCUGACCUCGCUGCGGGUGAUCCGAACAGACUUCGGGGACCCGGCCGUGGUGCUGUUUGAGGCCAUGGACUUCGAGGGGCACGGCGUGGAGGUGAGCGCGGCGUGGCCGGACGUGGAGCUAGUGCAACACGGCCCCCGCACCCAGGCCAUCCACGUGCUCAGUGGCGUGUGGGUGGCCUAUGAGGCGGUGGGCUUUUCUGGGGAGCAGUACGUGCUGGAGAAGGGCGUGUACCGCAACUGCGACGACUGGGGCGCGGGCAACAGCGCCCUCGCCUCGCUGCAGCCGGUGCUGCAGGUCGGAGAGCACGACCUGCACUUUGUCUCCAAGAUCCAGCUCUUCUCCGGCCCCGGCUUCCUGGGCGACCACAUCUCCUUCGAGGAGGACCAGGCCUGUCUGCCUGCCUCCUUCCAGCCGCAGUCCUGCCGUGUCCUCGGCGGCAGAUUUGUUUAUUUGAAAGUCAGAGUUGCACACAGAGAGAUGGAGAGGCAGAGAGAGAGAGAUAUUUUGGAUCUGCUGGUUCACUCCCCAACUGGACGCAACAGCCAGAGCUGCGCUGAUCCGAAGCCAGGAGCCAGGAGCAUCUUCUGGGUCUCCCACAUGGGUGCAGGGGCCCAAGGAUUUGGUGCAUCUUCUACUGCUAUCCCAGGCCAUAGCAGAGAGCUGGAUUGGAAGUAGAGCAGCUGGGUCUCGAACCGGUGUCCAUAUGAGAUGCCGACACUGCGGGCAGCAGCUUUACCUGCUAUGCCACAGCACUGCCCCCACCCGCCCUAAUUUUGAUUGAUCUAUCCCUCUGCUUUUUUAUUUUUUAAGGGAAUUCAUUUAAAUCUCUAACAACCUUUCAUGGGGGCACACUUCAAUAUUGUAAAACAGCACUUUUCCCCACAUAGCCACAAAUCAUUGUCAUAGAUAAUAAAAAAUAGUGAGUUUGCUAAUACCACCCAUACCAUGUUCUCAAACAUGCCGCUGUUUAAUUAGUUUUUCUUGGGACUUAACUAAGAUCCAUACAUUCCAUGUGGUAGAUCCGGCUCUGCUCUGUAGAAGUCUUCCCUCCUUUUAGUUUCAUGCCCUUUGCUUGUUUGAAGAACUAGAAUAAUCUUCCCUGUGAGUUUCCCACCUGUUAUAUUUAGUUGAUUACUUUCCAUGGCAUCUUUGAAUUUAUUUCACUGUCCCCUGUAUUUCUUAUAAACCGUAGUGACGGGUAGAGGCUUGAACAGGUCCAGAGUGUUCUGCUACAGUUUUCUGGCAAGAAGACCAUGUGGGUGGUGCUGUUUACUUCCCAUAGCACCACAGGAGCCAGCACAGGUCCGCUUGGCCUCCUUUCCCUCCCUUCAGAUCCCUACCUUGCAAAGUUCCCAUUUCUCCUUCACCUAAUGAUCUUUGCAUCCACUGACGAUAACUGCCUAGGCCCAUGACAUUUCUUUAGAGGUUAUGGAAGCCGGCACCGCGGCUCACUAGGCUAAUCCUCCACCUUGUGGCGCCGGCACACCGGGUUCUAGUCCCGGUCGGGGCGCCGGAUUCUGUCCCGGUUGCCCCUCUUCCAGGCCAGCUCUCUGCUGUGGCCAGGGAGUGCAGUGGAGGAUGGCCCAAGUGCUUGGGCCCUGCACCCCAUGGGAGACCAGGAUAAAUACCUGGCUCCUGCCAUCGGAUCAGCGCGGUGCACCGGCCACAGCGCGCCGGCCGCGGCGGCCAUUGGAGGGU